AUAUCUAAAAUUUAAAUAUUAUUUUUCUUUUUAAGGUUCUAAAAGAAGCAUUAGAAUGGCUGAACAACUGAGAGGCAAAUUUAAAAAAAAAUAUAAUUAAGGAUGAUGAAUUUUUGACAAAGCAGACUGCAGAUGGACUCAGAAUAACCAUAAAAUCAACGUUAGACUUAAUUUAUUACCUACUUAAUGAGUGCAAUUUUUCAUAUGUUUUAACGUAUAAAAUGAAUCAAGACUGUUUAGAGAAAUUUUUUGGGAUUAUCAGACAAGUUGCAGGACCAAAUGAUCACCCUUCAACUCCAACAUACCUACAAUUAUAUAGGAUAUUAUCCGUUUAUUCAUUGAUAAAACCUCCGAAAACUGGAAAUUGUACCAUCUUAGAAGAAAACAUACCUGUCAUCACAAUAAAUGAUAUAAGACAAAUAAUUAAUCAAGAAAACAAAAGUUCAAUAAGACAAGAAAAAGUAUUAAAACUAAAAAAUAAAAUUGAUACAAUAAUAGAAGAAGGAGUGUGGGACUUUGAUGAUAUUUUCCAAGAACACAACUAUUUUAACAGGAACUCUACUGUUUUUGAUUGUGUGGUGUACUUUUUAUCUGGGUAAUCAAUGAUUACCUAAUUAUUAAAUAAUUAUCAGGUUAGCUUAUUAUUAAUUUUCAAUAUAAAUAUUGUGUUUACAGUUAUAUAAACAAAAAAUUAAACUCAAAUAUCAAGUGUAAACAAUGUUUGGAUAGUUUAAAACCUGAAUAUGGACAAGUCAUAAUAGCAGAGGCAGAAUUAGUAAAUUUGAAAACAAGGGGUUUCUUAACUCAUCCAAAUAAAAAUCUGUACUUGAUUAUACAAAUGAUUGAAGUAUGUUUUGAAAAACAUGCAGAAUCCCCAAAUGUUUUUGAGGAAACUUGUGAAGACUUUUUAAGUAGAAAUUUUAAAUUAACUUUUCCUUGUGGAGAUCAUAAAAGUGAAAUAGUUACCAACAUUUUUGUUCUUUACAUUACUAUGAGGAUGAGGCAGUUCAGCUACGCUAAAAACCAACAAACUCAAAAACAAAAUAAAGUCAAAAAAAAGUUAUCAAAAUUAGUAUCAACUUAAAUGUUUUUUCUUUUGUCUAGUGUUCUAAGAAAAAUCUCAUACAAUUAAUUAUAUUAUAAUUUAUUUAUUUAAUUUGAAUUUAAUAUAUAUUUAU